CCGUAAAACUCUUCAAAAACGUAGAGCUAGAGAGAAUGAAACACAAAAUGAACGUGAAACACAUCUUGUAAGGAACCGUGAAUAUAAGCAGCAAAAAAGAGAGAAGGAGAAUGCUGAAGAAAAUGAGGCGCGUCUUGAACGAAGGACCUAUUUGAAUAACUUAAAUCAAAAUUUGAAUUCACAACAGCGACAACUGCAGCAAAAAACUGGUCAAAGCAAUUGUGGCGUAAAUAUACGUGACAAGCCAUCUCCUGCUGAUGAACUAAAUAAUGGGUGGAAUGAACUCAAUCACACUAGAGUUCAACCACCUACUAGCUUAGGGCUUGAAGUAAAUAUAUUACAAAAAUAUGCGGAUCUAGUUUUACAAAAACAUUCUAGCUAUCUUAGAGAUUGGACUAUCGAAGAAAAAAACUCACUAGGAUGCCUACUCUGCAAACGUAUACAUGACAAGGAUCAUGAUGAGCAUAGGGAAGUUUUUGAAUGCGACCCAUCUAUUGCAGAAAAAAUUCAGCAAGAAAAUAAAAAAUCUCUGCAAUGUUUCCAAAGGAAAUCCAAGGUUCUAGGCUUUCCUAAAGCCUUCGUAAAUUUUUCAUCUUGGGCCAAGUAUAAUGAGUCCCUUUCAGCAACAGAAAUAUAUGAGCAGAGAUAUGUAAGACCAUUACCUAAUGAAGGUGAUAUCUAUGUAGGAUCGCCUUGGGAGACAGGAAAAACAUAUGUUCUAGAGCAUAUUACUAUAUCUGAUGAUGUGAAUUUGCUAGUAUUAUCCACGCGUUACUCUUACUCAAAUACUGUUACUACAAGACUCAAUCUCAAAUCAUAUUGUGAUAUCGAUGGUAAUAUAAAUCUACCUGAUCAUAAGAGGGUACCUCAGAAAGAUAAGACAUUUCGCCUAGCCUCUAAUAAAGAAAUAAUAUUAACCAAACUUUGGGACUGGGCCAAGCAUACGUCUUCAUUACCUUUUGAGAAUAGAAUAAAUGUAUCACUUAUUUGCCAUCUUAGAAAAGAUGUGCAAGGAAUUAUUCGUGCCCUUAAGACUGAUUUUCCAGAACUACGGAUCAAGGAAUACCACGGCAAGUCUGAUCCGGUGAAAAAGGCUCAUGACUUCAGAAACAUAGAAGAAUCAUGGAAAGAUGUAGACCUAGUUGCUUAUACUAGCACUCUAAAAAUAGGAAAUAGAGGAAUAUUUUCUGACAUAGACUCUAUCAUUCGAAAUAAGGAUGUUUCAACUAUUCGAUUAUGGGUAGCAUAUAUGUUAGAAAAAUUCAGUUCUAGGUGUUUAUUUGGUUGGAGAAUGGUUGAUUUCCUCAAAGAGGUAGGCAUGAUAAUUUCCAUCAUAGAAUCUGACCCUAAAUCCAAUAAAAAUACAUUAUUGCAAGUAGUAAAGGCAAAAUGUUCUGUUGUUAAAACGGAUAAAAUAUCAGAUAUAACUAAUGCUAAUAUUCUCGAUCGUGAGACUGCCGAAUUUCUAGAGAACAAGUCAAGAAAGACUUUAGAAGAAAUGUGCUCUUUAGACCAGCAUCAUAUUGUGGAUUGUUAUGGCAUUUCGCCUGAAUCAUUGACUGAGGAUUUCAUCUUGAAAUAUGGAAAUUUCAAUCAUAUGAAAUAG